CUCAAAAACAAUGCGCGGGAGGAUUGAUUAGCUGUUUGACGAAACGGGAAAAAUUAGGAACGCAGAUAGAGGAAUAAGCUGCAGAAAAAAAAACCCUGCACUGUAAUACAAACUUCAGUUUGUUAUUCAAGAAUGUCUCUGUUACCAGAACCAGACUUGCCACCACAUCUUGCAUCUCUUAAAAAUGUCGACACUUUACUUCGAUGUCCCAUCUGCUUCGAUUACCUCAAUAUUUCAAUGAUGACUAAAUGUUCCCACAACUUUUGCUCCUUGUGCAUAAGGAAAUUUCUGUCCUACAAGCUGCUCUGUCCCGUGUGUAAUUCAGCUACAACUGAACUGGACUUAAGAAACAACCGCAUAUUGGAUGACCUGGUCAAAACUUUUCAAGCAGCAAGGCAGGAUUUGUCACAAGCAAGAUUUGAGUCCCCUCCUAUUUCCCCCAAGACCCCCUGCACUUCUAUCAAAACCUCUGCAGCAAAGCCAGAAACCCCAAAGAUGAUGAAUGGGACUAUUCUGAGUCACUUUUUCCAAAAGAAACAGGCCUCUGCCACACCAGAGAGGUCAAAAGCACAGCCUCCAUCAAAAGACACCAAGGCUGCGGCACAAGGUCGACUGCAGGAGUUAGCAUCUGUGACCGUGAAAGAAGAACCAGUGGAAGUUUCCACCACAGGUGCUGGUCAGUGGUCAUCCUCUGUUCCCAGCUCUCCAUCCACAUCGCGUGACAUCAAAUCUACGGUUAAAGUGGAAUGUCCUGUAUGUUCCGUCGGUGUCCCAGAGCAAUGCAUUAACCAGCACUUGGACGUGUGCCUGAUCAGAGAUGAGAAAAAAGAGAGCCUAAGGAGUGCUGUCAAUAAGAGGAAGCCUUUGACCAAGCUGGUGUACCAUCUGCUGUCCACUCAAGAUCUGAAGAAGAGACUUCGUGACUUUCACCUCUCUACCAAAGGCUCCAGGGAGGAGCUGGUCCGGAGACAUCAGGAGUUUGUACACAUGUACAAUGCUCAGUGCGACUCUUUAAACCCCAUGUCAGUGGAGGACAUAGGAAAGGAAAUCGAGAACAAUGAGAAGAUGAGAGCUCAGCUGGAUUGUAAAUCCAAAACAGCAGUGGUUUUCUCCAAAACUAAAAGUGAAGAAGAAAUUGAAGAAAUGCAUGCAAAUUACCGUAAGCAGCACAGUGCCGAAUUUUCGCGUCUCAUUUCUCAAGUGAAAGGACGCUUGGAGUCCUCCAAGAAGGCACAGAUCAAGCAGGAAGACAGGGAGGCAGGAGAUGAAUCUCGGCAUGUGCGAUCUGCAGAUUUAAAUAAAGAGGAUCUCAGUGGCUCACAACUUUGUACAUUAGUGACACCUUUAGAUGAGCCCACUGAAGAAGAGACUUCUGUAAUAUCAGAAGUCACUGCAAGAUCACCCAGUCCAGCGCUCAGCACUGUUUCUAGCAGCAGCUCCAUAUCAGAUGUGUUCUCUCCAGUGCCACACAGAAAGAAUCAUGUCACAGAAGGCACCCCCAACCGAAAACGAAGAGCCUUGAGCCCCAGGAGGGAAGUCCAAGUUCCACAAGUCUCUUUGAGCAAGCGGUCACGCAGGAGCUGAGAGGAGAGGAGACAAGACGGAAGGGGCCAGCAGAGGCACCGCUAUAGCUCUUGAGACUCGUUGCAUCCAGUUUGACGGAGACACUGCAUUAUGGGGGAAAAAAAAAAAACAAUUUUUCAGAGUUGAUUUUAAGUGGACCAUAAAUGAGCUCUUUUCUAGUGAGCUGUUAGUUCAUCUUAUUAAAGUUUUUUAUAAUACAUUUUUUUCAACUUUUUGAAUGGCGUUUUCUAUGUCCAGACAGAGUACAAAGCCUUGACAUAGUUGAGGUGAGAACUCUUGCUGCCUCAAGCUGUGUUAAUUUUAGUUUAUUAUUCAUUUGGCAGCCCUUCCCAUCAAGACUAUGAAAAUAUCCAACUGACUAAUUGAGGAAAA